AUGAAUCAGAUUAUUCGGAAAUUACAAACUCUUCAACAAUCAAUUUUGGACAGUCAUUUUAAAUCUACUUUCAAAAACUCAGUAACAGCUCCAAGAAGUAAUAUAUUGCUGACUUUAUUGGAGCAGUGGAUAAAUUCGACGUCGCAAAUCUACAAGUACAAGGUGAACUCAAACCAAGCUGCAAGGCAGAAUAAUGUGAAGAGUGUGAGCACUGUUGUCACUAACGUAUUCAAACAUUUCAUAAAGUCAUCUGAAUAUUCAAACCUAGUAAAAGAUGUCAAUAUACCAAACACAAUUUGCAGGACUUGGACACGCAGGCAGUCGCUUUCAAAGUCAUACCAAGUUUUGACCGCAGCUUUGUUCACUUUUGCUACUAAUGGUCUUCUGUAUCUCAGCCUACCUUUCCUGAAGCUGAACGGUUGUCACACGAUUGAAGCUGCUUCUCCAGUUUCUGCUGGUAGAAAUUUUAUUGCAGAUAUUGUUGCCAAGGCUAUACCAGCUGUUGUGUUUAUUGAAAUUAAAGGAAGGCACCCGAAGAGUGGCAAGCGAGUGACUCUAGCCAACGGUUCUGGAUUUAUUGUCAGGAGCAACGGCCUCAUCCUGACCAACGCGCAUGUGGUGGCGAAUAAACCCAAGGUGAUCGUGAAGCUGCACAACGGCUGCACCUACGAGGGAACGGUCAUAGCAGUGGACCCUGUCUGUGAUCUGGCAACUGUGAAGAUAGACUGUGAGAAUGACAAACUGCCGACGAUACCGCUGGGAAAGUCAUCGACCAUACGACCAGGAGAAUUCGUUGCCGCUAUGGGCAGUCCUCUUUCUCUCCACAAGACAGUCACCGUGGGUAUUGUCAGCAGCCAUCUCCGAGGGAGCAAGGAACUGGGCAUGAACAACAAAAACAUGGAGUAUAUACAGACGGAUGCAACCAUUGGUCUGGGCAACUCCGGAGGGCCACUAGUAAACCUG